CUGACCCGGGAUCAUUAUCAUUUUUCUAUGGAUUUUAUUGGAUUCAGUUACGGACCAUAAGUUGUGAAUCAGGGAUCGAAAACCUUUUCAAUCGAAAACCUGACCCGGGAUCAUUAUCAUUUUUCUAUGAAGUUCAGACAAUCCGAUUGCUUCUCGUAAAGUUGUUGUGCAUUUGAGAGCUACUGGUGAUGCUCCGAUUCUCAAACAAGCAAAAUUCAAGCCUUAUUAAUCUCGGGUGGAUUUGAUUUUCACAAGGAAAAUACAAUGGAAGGGGAUAUAUUUGCGUCAAUCGGGAACGGAUCGCAGUUAGGAGUUGAUGGGAAAGUGCUACAAACAUUUCAAAAGAGCUUUGUACAAGUCCAAAACAUUUUGGACCAAAACAGGCUGCUGAUUACCGAGAUCAACCAGAAUCAAGAAUCUAAAUUACCCGUUAACCUAACAAGAAACGUCGGUCUGAUUAGAGAGCUCAACAACAAUGUUAAAAGGGUGGUUGAUCUUUACGGUGAUCUUUCAAACUCGUUUAGCAAGUCGAUGGAUGCAGAAUCAGAGUCGUGUGGCACUACUCGAUCUGAUGGCAAAAAGAGAGGGAGAUCUGGCUAAAAGCAAGUAUGCAAAUGGUUUGUGUAAGUCUUCGGUUAUGAUGAUUCAUCCCAUUUCAUAAUUGGCAUUGUAAGCUACUAAACAUAAUAACCAUGUUCUAAAUUUUGUUUCAUGUACCUUGUGAGCUAUUUUACAUAAUUCAAGCAUGUUUUCGUUUCUUUUA